UGACACCAAACAGUACGAAAAACAGUAUCGCAACGCAGCAAGUAAAAGGGUGCUCUUUGAGGAUGCCAGUCGCUUUCGUUUCAUCAUAUAAUUUUGAGAAGUGUCACGUGUUCCUCUGGUUGCUCAUGUGACCCUGCGCUACAAACCAAUAGAGUGGCACCGUUAGUCCUGGGCAGAGCGAAGAGGAAAAAAAAAUCAUUUUCCCUUUGCGAUUUUUAAUCUUGCAACGCCAAAAGUGGACGUCAUCUACUGUAUCCUGCGCUACAUAAAGGUGACCGGUUGGCUGACUCCCACCAUCACACUCGCGUUGGCCCUUGAACUCCUCUCUCACGUGACCACGCCCCUUCCUUCACAUCCAAUCCCGACAUGGAGCCCAUUAAGGUCCAAUCAGAAGGUGGACUGAAUGUGACCCUCACCAUCAGGCUGCUGAUGCACGGCAAGGAGGUUGGAAGCAUCAUAGGAAAGAAAGGAGAAACUGUGAAGAAAAUGCGAGAAGACAGUGGUGCCCGCAUCAACAUCUCCGAGGGGAACUGCCCUGAACGGAUAGUCACAAUCACCGGGCCAACAGAUGCUAUUUUCAAGGCCUUUGCCAUGAUAGCCUACAAGUUUGAGGAGGAUAUAAUCAACUCUAUGAGCAACAGUCCAGCCACCAGUAAACCCCCGGUAACCCUGAGGCUCGUUGUGCCGGCCAGCCAGUGUGGCUCCCUCAUUGGCAAGGGAGGCUCCAAAAUCAAAGAAAUGAGAGAGUCCACAGGGGCUCAGGUCCAGGUUGCAGGUGACAUGCUCCCCAACUCCACCGAGAGAGCAGUGACCAUCUCAGGGGCCCCCGAAGCCAUCAUCCAGUGUGUCAAACAGAUAUGUGUGGUGAUGCUAGAGUCCCCACCGAAAGGUGCCACCAUCCCCUACCGCCCCAAGCCUGCCUCCACCCCUGUCAUUUUUUCAGGUGGCCAGGCCUAUACCAUUCAAGGACAGUACGCCAUCCCACAUCCAGACUUGAGCAAGCUCCACCAGUUGGCUAUGCAGCAAACCCCCUUUACCCCCCUCGGACAGACCACCCCUGCCUUCCCCGCAGGUCUGGAUGCCAGUAACCAGGCCAGUACUCAUGAACUCACCAUUCCCAAUGAUCUAAUAGGCUGCAUAAUCGGACGCCAGGGAACCAAAAUCAACGAGAUCCGUCAGAUGUCUGGGGCGCAGAUCAAAAUUGCUAACGCUAUGGAAGGGUCAUCGGAGCGCCAGAUCACCAUCACAGGGACCCCCGCCAACAUCAGCCUGGCCCAGUACCUCAUCAAUGCAAGGUUCAGAGACGUGGCGGCCAUGUGGAAUGACCCAUCUUCCAUGACCACAUCCUGAGAUCCCUGACUGGCUCCUCCGUUUGGCCCUUUCCAAUGACUGACUACCGCAGACAACCCUGAUGAAGCCCUUCGGACUCUGGCUCUGGCUCUCCGAAAACCCUGACCGCCUCCCCGCCCUGGUUCAAAGUUAUUUAUACGUCAGGGAUGGUUGGGCGCUCAUUUUUAUUUCAGAGAGCCAAAUUAAGUUAACAAAAAAAAAGAAAUUCUCUGUUGAUUAGGUUUUUUAGAGAACUGUUGAAGCAUGUUGAAUGUUUAUUAGGAACAACUUGUGUUAAUAUUUCUUCUUUUUCUCUCUAUUGCUUUCUCUCUGUCAGUGCUGCGUCAUAGAACAUCAUAUAAAAGUAUAAAAAGUACUUGUAAAAAGGUCAAGAAUCUUUGUAGAACAUAGUUAUUUGCGUAUUACAGCUGCGCAGUGAUGCUAUCGGCAGAGUGUGUGGUGGGAUGUAGCCAAAUUAUCAAAUUUUGAUAAUAUAUUUUCAAAAGAAAAAAAAUUGGACCGUUCUGCUUUUGUCCUAAUUUGCAUCUUUGUCUACUUACAAAUCCAAUCUCUACCCAUGACUCUCUGCUGCAUCACAUGACCCUUUUAAGCCAAUGGUAUCACUCCUAGAGCCUCCCUUCUCGUGUUAACUUCCUAUAUUUACAUUAUUGCUUACAUUGCAUGUUUUCAAUGUCGUAUUGUUGUGCAUUUGAGUAAAACCUGUUCAGUGUCUUCAACGUUAUUAUAUCUCCUGUUCUUUUCCGCAAACGUUUUCAGCAUUUUUGGCCAUUCACGUCUAGUCCUACUCCCUGCCCAAAUGGAAAACUUUCCGACAUAGCCUUCUUCUAUCAACACCGAUUAUUAGUAUAUAGAUGCAUGAAUGGGAAUUCGUGAAUAACAGUGGCUAAAACAUUAACUGAACAUUUAAAUGAUUGUUUACUAACUUAUUAUUAUACUGUAUUUGUUUUGUACAAGGAGUAUUGUGAUUUAGCACAAUAGUCGACUACGCGGCGCUCAUGCAAUAGACUAUUCAACACUUUACUCUGGACUGCCUCUGAAAUGGGAGGAAUUAGUUGGACUUAAAAGCCAAGUGUUGCGUCCGAACCUUUCGGCUUCCUUCCCUCGUCUCCGACAUGUUUUUGGGUGCUUGUGAAAGCUUUUAGUGUGAGC